AUGAAUGGUACCUUUUUGUGGUUUCAUAGUGGUGAGUGCCCCAGUGCGCCUUGCCAGGAUGAGUACGAGGCAGAAGACAACAACCUGGAACCCACGGAACGGGUGGAUGCGGAUGAUGAGUUCGGUGUGGAGGCCGAUGAUGUGGAGGACGUGUCCCAGCUGGAAAUCGAGAUAGAAACCUUUGGCGAGUUGAGAUUAUCGGAGCAAGUCAUCACCAAAGUCCAGGCUGGUUUGGCCUUGCUCAUCGAACAGGUGGGCUCAGUGGAAGCCGCCGGGGAGGCCAUCUACUCCACGCUCUUCGAAGCCGCGCCCAGCUUGCAGAGUCUCUACAAGACCCCGCGGGCCGUACAAGGGAUGAAGUUCGCCCUCAGCAUAGCCUUGAUCAUCUCCAAGUUGCGAGAACCGGAGGAUAUGAAGAUCAUCGUUGAACAGUUGGGCUUUCAGCAUAUCACCACGGACGUGACGAUCCCACGUAUUGAGGUUUUUCGGGAUGCCCUGCUGGAGAUGUUUGCCGGCGAGCUGGGCGACGACGUUUUCACCAUGGACGUGCGUGUGGCCUUGGCAAGGAUCUUCAACUACAUGGGUGGUAGCUUUAUCUAUGUCCGCAGCAACUACUGGUCCAGGUUGCAACUCAUCCAGCAGUGCUGGUCGCUGGCGAACCGCCACGAGGGCGACGGCGAAGUGGACGACGAUGGCAAUCCCGAGAGCAGCAUCGAAAAGUCCGAGAGGUCGCCCAAAAGGAACAAGGAGGAGGGACAUGAAAAGACAGGCGACGGCCGAAAGAGCCUCGGUGGGGCCAGAGGUUGGUGGGGAGAGCUGGGCCUGGAAGUGAAGUCGAACUUGGAAAGGAAUUCCAUUUCUUCGGAUCAGCUGUCCAUCUCCUUGGAACGUGCCAAAGCGAUGUCCUACAACGCCGCCUCGACGCACGCGCGCUACCACGAUGCCAGCGGACGGAAGUUGGAUCAGGACUACGAGGUCUUUCCCAAGAAGGUGCUGGGUGAAGGCUGCAGUGGUUUGGUGGUCAUGGCCAAGGGCCGCACGGAUGGGCGGAAGUAUGCCUUGAAGAGGAUUCACAAGUUGAAGGUCCAACCAAAGGUCCUGAAGCAACUUACUGCAGAAGUGGAGAUCUACUUGAUGUUGGAUCAUCCGCACAUUGCGGCUCUUCGAGACGUAUAUGAGACCGAGUCCGAGAUUGCCCUGCUCACAGAAUGCUGCGAAGGGGGUGAGCUCUAUUCCCGCAACGUUUCCUUAGGGCUCUCGAGCUCGGGCACCUACGCCGAAGCUGAUGCGGCGGAAGCCACCCAGCAGAUGCUGCUGGCGGUGGGAUAUUUGCAUGCGCAUCAUGUGGUCCAUCGAGACCUGAAAUUAGAAAACUUUCUCUACGAAAGCACUGAGCCAUCUGCUUCCCUAAAGCUGAUCGACUUUGGCUUUGCCAAGAUUUGGGACCCCUCCACGCUGAUGAUGGCAUCCUGUGGUAGCAUCGCAUACGUGAGCCCAGAUGUUCUCAAGGGUGAGGGUUACACCAACAAAUGCGACUUGUGGAGCCUCGGUGUGAUCGUUUUCAUGCUCCUGGUUGGAUAUCCGCCUUUUCAUGGAUCUGAGAAGGACAUGCGCUCCAACAUCCUUUGCGCCAACGUUGAUUGGAGCCAUAAGAGUCGGUGGCGGAAGGUGUCAGAGGAUGCCGUGGACUUCGUGAAGUGUCUUUUGGUGAGGGAUCCGCUUCAACGAAUGGACGUAGGCGAAGCCUUGUCACAUCGCUGGAUCAAAGCUCGACACACAGCCGGCAGACCUGUCUUGGACAAGGAUGCUCUGCGCUCCCUGCGGCACUACGCGGACACCUCGCGGGCGCGCCGCGCGGUGUUGCAGCUGCUGGCGCAAGAGCUGGCGCCCGAAGAGACCAAAGAGCUUCGGGACACGUUCUUGGCAUUGGACUCCACUGGUGAAGGCACCAUCAGUUUGUCGGAACUAAAGCGCGCCAUCCGCGGCGAGGACGAGGCGGGCGAGACGGGCGGCACGGCCUCCGGCGCUGUCUCCGGAGCCUCCACCCCCAAGUCGCCGCGCACGCCGGCGGCGCGGCUGCGACGGGCCAAGUCCGAAGUGAUCGGCAGUCUCUUCGAAGUUCUGGACGCGAAUGGAGAUGAACAGGUGUAUUACUCCGAUUUUUUGGCUGCGACCUUGGAUGUGCGGAAGCAGAUCCGAAAGGAGGCCGUGUUCUCGGCGUUUCACCGCUUGGACGCGGACGGCUCGGGGUCCAUUAGCCCGGAUGACCUGCGGAAAGUCAUCGGUGAAACCUUUGAGGGAGUGAAUGUAGAGCUGCUGGUGCGUGAAGCGGACGCAGCCUGCAAGGGCGAACUCACCUUCCAGGACUUCCUAAGUUUGUUGGAUUCCACGGACGCAUCUGCUAGUCCCAACGCCAGUGAGUUUCAAGGUACCUUGGGUGACAUGGCGUGGGCCACCAAUUCGUCCGGGACGGCCGCAUCGCUCGAAACGGACUUGACGCGGCAUGACGUAGGUGGUGGAGGGUUAUGGAGGAGCAUGUGGAAAAAGAAGCCCCAAGAGAGCAGCGAUGCAAAGGUGAAAGGAUCACAGGAGGCUAGCAUGGAGGAAGGUCGAAAGAAGGUGGGAGGCCUGAGCAAAAACAAAGUGCCUACGACCUUCCCAGAGAUGUUCCGCUUCAACGCCACGGUCAUGGGCUACGGCAACAGCGAAUGGAUGGCUCACGUCCUGGAUGUCUUUCCCGCACUGGUGGUUCAUGCGGCGGAUCCGCAACGUGUCAUGGAAGAAGCAGAUGUGCUGUCCAUUGUGCUGGGUAAGUCGGAAAGCAAGAUCGAAUUCAUGGAAUUUAAGGCUGUGAUGUUGGCGUCUCUAAGAUCCUUGUUGCCCAAGACUUGGAAUUCGGAGUGUGAAGUCGCCUGGACCUGGUUGUGGGACAGCAUCCAUCGCAUGCUGAAGGCCAAUUUAGGCAAGCCGCAAAUUCAGCAAAAAGCCUUGCGGAAGCUGUAUUCCACCUUCACGGAGGAACAGCUCCUCCUGCUUCGCACGGGCAUCUACACCACCUUUUUUGCGAAAUGUGCGCAAGGGCAGGACUACUUCAAGCAGUCCUCAACACGUUUGCAUUUUAUCGCAGAUCGGGUGAUCAUGUUCACACAGGAGAUCUUCAAAGAUCCAAAGAGCGUCAUGACAGAUCUCAGUGCCUGGGCCACGGAAGGAAAACCCGGAAGACCCGUGGGACUGGGUGGCGGGUGUGCAGCUCAGUUGCGUUCUGAGGUGCCCCACGACGCCCCAGGUGCUCUGGGUUUGCGCCACGUGGGCUAUGGCAUCCCAACGGAGCUCUUUGGACCCUUUGUGAGCUCAGCGAUCGAGAAGAUCAGGGAAUUGACGAAUGUGCCGGAACAGGAGGAAGCCUUCCGCUGGUCCUUGGGUCUCAUCUCUCGUGUCUUGUGCCGCACCAUUACUGAAGGCUCUACCCUGGUAAUGCGGGCCAUCAAUGCCAACUGUGCGAAGCUGGUGCGAAAGGCCGUGAGCAACGCACCUCGUGCGCAACGAGCGGAAUGGAUGUUGAGGGUACAAGUGGGAACGCAGUCCAUCUCGCCGCUGCUUUGGAGUAUUCAAAGUGGAAGUUUGGAAGCUGGACAGGCCAUUCUGACGGAUUUGUUGACCAUCCGCGCAGAUCGGGACCACUACUACUAUGCCAUGGAUGCCUUGUUCAACCGCCACCCAGACAUUGUUAGAAGGAUCUGCCAAGAUGGACCUGAACUCUUGCCCACGCUUUUCGAUGGGCUUAUCUGGCGUUCGCGACAGACACACAACGGCAUGAGACGUGUGAACUACUUCAUCAAGUACAUGAUCGUGGAUGCCAAGAAUGAAUUCUCAGAAUCUUUCAGAGAUGUGGUGGUGAACGGUGAUCCGGUGGCGGCGUGUCAUCCCUCAGUGAUCCUCUCCGCAGAUAUCCUGUGGUCCAGACUGGCGUCCUAUACCUUCCUCACCAGCAAGUUGUGGUUCCUUUUGAAUCUGCUGGUCUUCGUGGUGACUCAAGCCGUCUUCACCAACUACUCCGGGGAGUCAUCCUCUGCAUCGAUCAUGGCCGUGUUCAUUGGUCGAAUCUUCAUCUACGUCUUCGGCUUGGGACAGCUGGUACUUCACCACAUGUAUCACUUCUCUAAAGCUUGCCGUAACGGUGAAGUGCGCAAGAUCGCGUUUCUCCCCAUUCCAGAGUACCUGCUGCACUUCUCAGAAGCCUUGAGCGCAUCGCUGUGUACCGUACUGAUGGGGAUGCUGGCGCAGGAGCCCUUGCUUCACUGCCUGGGAAACCACGCGCAGAACGACAAGCAGUUCUCGGAGUUGGAUGCCACCUGUCAAGGCGUCCAGGAUCUCAUUGGCAGCUAUGUCACCUUUGCAUUCUUAGCAACGCUCCUGUACUUCCUUCUGUUGCUGGAGUUGACAGUCUUCUCCACCAAAUUGUCCACUUUUGUUUUGGUCUGCGGAAGGAUGGUUCAGGAGGUAGCUCAGUAUCUCUUCGCCCUCUUCUUUGUAGUGGUUGCCUUUGGUUGUGCCAUCGACACUCGUUCUUCAGAGAAUCGCCGAGCAAAAAGCCUGGCCUCGUUGAACGAGCCCGAGCCGCCGUCCGAGGCUUCCUCAGAUGUGGUGGAUCAGCAGUUCGAAGACAUCCUGCCUGCCAUGCUGAACCUCUCGCGCAUCAUGCUCGGUACGUACAGCAGCGACGAGUAUCAGAAGUUGGAACUGGAGCCAAAGUUAUUAAUUUCGGUGAGUAUUUUUGUGAUUUGCACCACCAUCUUCUUAUUCAACCUCUUGAUUGCGCAACUGAAUUGCGCGUACAUGGGCAUCUUCAAGGACAUGUUGGGCUAUGCCAGGUUGAACCGAGGCUCCGUGAUUUUAGAGAACGUGAGUCAUGCCUCGGCGAAACGCUGGGAGAGGUUCGUGGUGUCCUUGAAAAUGGAUGAGAAGUUGGAGUUCAAUGAAGGAGACAUUGGCUUGGCCGGUGGGAUUCAGGUGCUUGAGCCUGCGGGUGCACAUCCCGUCACCACAGACAGCAUUAAGAGGUAUGGCGGCUCGACCUCCCUUGCAUCACAGUGGCCCGAAACGGCCAACGAGGUGGAUAUUGAAGAUAAGGUCGAUCGACUGGAGAGAAUUAUCGAAAAAGCCGUCAAGAAGAUUGUGAAGUCCACUGGAAAGGGCGCGCAUGGCGCGCAAUCGGGAGUCAGUGGCGCCAGCUCCUCGUCCUCGAUGUCCAGUGGAUCCAGUGGAGGAGAUCUUUGA